GUAUUGUGUAAAACGAUGUUUUCUACCAGAAAUCUUACUCCAAUCGAAAAAUGACAAGAAAUCUAAUCUAAUGAAUUUUAAAAAUCGAUAACUGUUUUAUCCGUGAAUACCGCUCUUGAAAUAGCACCUGUAAACACAAGGCAAGGGUUUACACAGUUAGAUACUCUGGCAGGUGUUUUAAAUAUGCGAAGUAUGUCCAACAAUGCAUAUCAACAAUUCCACUUAGAUUUGUUAAAACAUACAAAAGUAACGGCUAUCGAAGCGACGAUAGAAGCUGGUAAAGAGGAGGCAGACAUUGCUAAGAAAGAAGGAAAUAUAAAUGAAAACGGGAUACCACUUAUAACUGUGAUAGCAGACGGUGCCUGGUCUAAAAGAUCAUGA